GGAGAGCCUGGGCGGCAACUCCCGCACGGCGAUGCUGGCGACGGUGAGCCCCUGCAACGUGCACGCCGAGGAGACGCUAGCGACGCUGCGCUACGCGUGCCAGGCGCGCACCAUCGUCAACCGCGUGCGCGUCAACGAGGACCCCAACGACCGCCUCAUCAGAGAUCUACGGGCGGAGGUGGACAGGUUAACAGCCUUGAAAGAGGUGUUUGAACACCAUAAGAAGCAUCCUCUUGGUGAAGGGGAUAAUGGAAUGAGUGAAGAAAUUCACCGCAAGGAACAAGAAAUUCGUAGACUCAAAGAACAAUUGAAACAAAGCCAGGAAUACUUGUCCAAGUCAGACAGAUCUUGGUCAGAAAGACUACAGGAAGCAGAACAAAGGAAGUCAGCUGAAUUGAAAUAUCUCAAGCAAUGUGGGUUGGCUGUACAUCUUGACUGGAACGAACAGCAGCCAUGUUUAGUCAAUCUGACUGCAGAUCCCAUCCUUUCAGGAACUCUAUUCUAUCUGCUACCUCCAGGAAUUGUGCAAAUUGGAAGACAGAAUAGUGGUGUAGAGGAUGACAUACCUGACAUAUGCCUCAAUGGACCAUUGGUUCGACGCAAACAUUGCACAAUUCAAAAUUUGGGUGGAAGUCUGAGUCUAAUACCAGGUAGUGAUGGACAAACAUUUGUUAAUGGAAAAAUGGUUAAUAUUCAAACAUCUUUGCAUCACGGUGAUCGAGUGGUUAUUGGUGGAAAUCACUACUUUCGUGUCAACCAUCCUCAGGAUCCCAAGGCAAAAGUUAUUGAUCAUCCAAUAGAUUACCAAUUUGCCUACCAAGAAAUUCAUAGAAUUCAAGAAAGCAAGCUGGAAGCUGAGUUGGAAGAAGCCAAAAGGAAUGCUCUGAAAGAAUUAGAAGAAACUAGAAAAGAAGCUGAAAUGCAGUUGGGGUCACAACGCUUCCAGUUUGAGCAACAGCUUCAACAACUUGGAACUACCCUUGAAAUGCAUAAGGAUGCAUUAUCUGAAAUAUCUCGGAAGAAAGAGGAACUUGAAAUUGAAAAGCAUAUUCUGGAGGCAGAGGUAGAAAGCCACAAAUUAAGGAGAGCAAGUACAGUACUUGAGGAUUCAUUUGUAAUUGCUCCUUAUAAAACAAACUUCCUUCAGGAGGUAGAAGAUAUUUUGAAUGGAACACUUUGUGAAACUGAGACUGUUCUUCGAUCCAAUCCCAAUGAAGUAUCGAAGGUAAUUAACUUACACGACAUGCAAGUAAUGAUUCAAGAAGCUAAACAAUUGUCCAAAGAACUUGGAAUUCCAUAUGAUUUUAGUCAUGAGCAUGUUGUUGGAGAAAAUGCCUUGCAACAAAGAGUGAAAGUCAGAGACAGAUCAAAAUGUAUAACUGCAUUUUGGCAACCCUCAUACUUUUCUCAUUGGGUGGAUCGCUUGCGUCAUCAUGAUCCUGAUGACAGUUUAAAAGAAUUACUUAAUCAUGAUCAUAUUGAAUGGACAGAAGAUUUAGAAAUAAGUGUUUCUGAAGAUAGUACACGUAUCAUGGUGAAUACUAAAAAUGUGAAACGUCAGUUAAAUGAAAGCAUUCUUCAGCUGUCAAUGGAAUCAUGUGAAUCUGUGAUGGAUACAGGAUGUGAAUCCAGUGAAUCAGACAGCUUAGAUGACAACCAUGAGAGCAUUUGCGGUUGUAUUGAGCAAAUGGAAAACACUGUCCAAGAUCUACGAAUCCUAUGUAAUGGUCAAAAUAAGGAAGUGAUAAAAAAACUGAAUGCUUUAAACACUGUAAUAAAGGAUUUAAAAGCUGUGUUACAAAUCAGUAGCACUAAAUGUUUACACACAGAAGUCAAUGAAUCCUCAUUUAAUUUUAAAUUCCCAGUCUCAAAUACUCCUCCAGCAAAAUCAAAUCUGAGAUCACCAGGGCAUCCGGGUCAGGAUACUCCAAAAAUUGCCAAAAGUGUCAGAUUUUUGCUUUCCGAGUCUCAACAGCUUUCAAGUACAUCAUGACACAGAUUGUUGAUGAAUGUUAAUCUUUGUUUUAAUAUAUAUAUAUUUAUAUAGUUGUACUGACAUCUUGUAAUAUUUUUAUGUAUAUAACUAUGUACGUUGUAGAAUAGUAAAUACAGUCUCGUAAAUAUUUAUGUGCCAAAGUAAUAUUAACUUUUGUGAAUUAUUGUUUUUAAAUGUUUUUGAUGUAGUUUUCAUGCUGUACUAAAUAUCUACUAAGGAUUUUCUAACUUAUUUAAGAAUGUGAAGAAAAAUAUAAUUUUGCAAUU